UUCAGAGACAAACUCCCUUUCCGUCUGCUGACCGUCUGUGUCGCGCUGCCAAAAAUAUUUACGUCGUUGGAACACUCAUUGAGGAGGAGGCCGUUCUUGUAGUGCUCUUCCAAGAAGCAGUGUGAUAUUUUCCCGCCCAGAGCGUCUGCAAGGAUAGAGUAGCUACUUGGCUUGGAGUCGAAAGCUCGAUCGUGAGGAAGGAAUUUUGGCUGAGGAACGUCGUGUCUCUGGACUUUUAUUGCACCUGCAAUGAAGAACUUGAUCAUUUCACUCCUUUUGCUGGGCGUGAUCGCUGUGACGGUAUUCGCCCGUCCCGAUGAGAGCCAGGGUCUCCAGAACGACAGCGAAGAAGAAGAAGAGAAGCGGCCAUACAGCUUCGCCUGGGCUGCAUCCCGGUACUACCAUGGCACUCCAGACCGCGAGCACCAGGAACAGAGAGGAGAAGAUGGCAUUACAAGGGGAGUCUUCAGGUACGUCGACCCCCGGCUGCAGGUGCAAGAGGUAGUGUACUACGCUGACGAAGAUGGCUUCCACGUCGACGCCUCCAAUCUCCCCAAGGACACAGAGGCCGUAGAGAACGCCCGCUUCAGCCACAACUCUGAGUUUGAGAGGAUCCGUCAGGAACACGCCCGCAUUGCUGCCGAACGAGCCAUCCUCGAAGCACAGGAGGCCGGAGAAGUGCAUGUCGACCCUGUCCAGCAGAGGCAAGACCUGAUCAAGAGUCUGCCUAAGAACACAGUAGCCGUGGAGAACCUCCGAGCCCGCCACGCCAAGUUGUUUGAGAAGAUCAGGGAGGAGCACGCCUCCAUCGCCGCCGAGAGGAAGGCGCAGGAGGCGUUAGACACUGCAGAGGAGGGAACUUACCAGUAACCGGACAGUAAAUGAUAGCCUCCACGCUUACAGAGCGCAUACCAUGAGGCAGCUUCCUUUUUUCUGUAGUCUUUACUCUCGUCCUCAUGUAAGAGUUAAUAUAGAGGGUUUUUGGGUUGGGGAAUUACGUCUACUUGUUUUAGAUAAGCAUAAGAUCAUAGUACGUGCUUACGGCUACUUGUUACAAAAAAGUUAUAUAUAUAUGUCUGCUUACUUCGGCCUUUUACUUUGAUCGUUUUUAUCGAAUAA